GCUCUUGGGUGCAUCCUUUAAUGCAUAUGUCUUCCUGGCCAACUGACUUGACUCCAUUUAGUACAGACUAGCCUUCUAAACAUAUGGAGGGGUACUUCAGAAUUUGAUGGGUCCAGGCAAUGUAAACUCAGUGGGCUGGAUUCUGGUUCUGAGCUACUAACUUGAUCAGGAUGAAGGUUUGGCCCUCUGUUCAAGAGCAGGAGAGAAGAGCUGUCGCAGGCUGGUAUCAUCACUUCACCCCCUCUGCAGAGAUGGGGAAAUCAGUAACUUUGGGAAUCAGGCUGAUGUCUUGAAUCUAGGCUCUCAGCAGUGGAAUAGAUAGCAUGGGGUGGACGUGGCUCAAGAGGAAUGAGCUCUAGCACAAUAGCUCUGGCCCCUGUGGCCAAGAACGUGAUGGUAUAUCGCAAUGGGGACUCCUUCUUCCAUGGAAGGAAGUUUGUGGUGAACCAGCGCCAGUUCCAGACCUUUGAAGCGUUUCUGAAUGAGGUGACCAGCACCAUCCAUGCCUCUGUGGCUGUGAGGAACAUCUACACCCCCAGGCAGGGCCACCGGGUCACUGAGCUGGAGGAACUGCAGAAUGGAUGCCCGUAUGUGGCAGCUGGCUUUGAGCGGUUCAAAAGGCUAGACUAUUUAAACCCCGGAAUGAAGCAACUCAGUGGGGGCAGGAAAAAAAAUGGGUUGCAGAUUCGCCCCGUGGUUCCCCAGAAGCUGAACAUAGCAGCGCGAUGGCAGAAGCAUGUCCACCUGCCCUGCAUUAUACACGUUUUCCGGAAUGGGGAUUUGCUGAGCCCCCCUUUCCGACUGCUGCUCUCCAAGAGCACCCUGCAGGAGUGGGACGCCAUCCUGGGCCUGCUGACGGAGAAAGCCAACCUGCGCAGUGGAGCUGUUCGAAAACUCUGCCAACUGGAUGGAGUCCCAGUCUCCAGUGGCGAGGAGUUGGUGAACGGUGAAUACUAUGUGGCGGUCGGGGUGGAGAAGUACAAAAAUCUGCCCUACUUUGAACUGCUGGUGCCUAAGAAUUCUGUGCACCGGGCAUUACGGAACCAUCCAAAUAACAGACGCAGGAUCCACAAUCAGGGGUUUGGUAAAAGCUAUGCCACCUCCCAGGAUGGAGCUAGCGACUCUGCCAUCAUUGAUCCACCUCAGCAGCCGGACUAUCGCAGGGUGCAGUCCACGGGAGCUGCAGAGAAAGACAAAACCCCCGUUCCUUCUCCAGCAGUGCUUAGACAAGCCGGGAAAUAUCCACGCAAAGAGGAAGAGUCUGUUUUCCACGCUAAGCCUGUCCGUGCAGGGCAAAACAGGACGAAUAGCAGGAACAUGCAUCACUGGCCUGAUGAAGAAGAGGGAAGUGUCUAUAAAGUCAAAGACCCGAGAAAGGAGAUGCGCGGUGCCCGGGAAGUAAUGGAGGAUGAAUACACAAAGCUGGAGCUACCUGUUGAUCAGAGAGCUGCAGAGACUGUGGAAGAAGUUAUACCAAAAAACAAAAUGACUCCUCACAGCAAGGUUGGGAGCACUGACAGAUCGCGGAAGGCCUUGACGAUGCGAAAUUACGCCAAUGACUCAGAGGAGGAAGAGAACUGAAAGAGCCAUUUCUCUGACAGUGUGAAGCUCUGAAGAAUUUAUGAAGUGACUGUGAUGAAAUGGAGACCAAGUUAGCUUUACUCUCUGUGCAGUGGUCGAUAACAUAAGCACCUUGACCAAAUCCAAGGACUUUUAAAAAUGUUUGUUUUAAACAAUAAGAAUGCCUUCAUUAUCUGGGCUUUGUAAAGCAGGCUUCAGGUGAACAAUGAGUCCGAUACAUUCAUAAUAUAUUUUUUUAAAUAUAAAUUUAAUAUAAACCCUUUUUUUUUUCCUUUCUUGGGGAAGGUGCUUGGGGAAGAAGAUGGGAAAUGCGUGGGCCUACAUUUUUUUAAUUUCAACAGUCAAGGAGCUGGUUUGUAUCUGAAAUGGGGGAAGCAAAUAAUUUUUACUGUAUAGAAUAAGUUUUACUCUACCAUGAAAGGGGAGUCCUUCCAAACACCUCUGCAGCUGAGAGACUAGCUGGGUUCUCAGUUAAGUAGUAAGUCUCAAUCCGGGAGGGACAUUGGCUCAGAACAUUUGGUAGUAAUUUAUUAUCCAGUAAGUGCUGAACAAGACAA